GGGUAGUCAAUAUUCAUAAUCCAUGUGUUAUUUAAUUUAAUAGAGAACAAAUCGUGCGACGCGUGCGUGCGAUACAAAACGCGUGAGCUCGUCGUUGAGUGCGGCGAGUCCCCAAGUUUCCUUUUUUAAUCUCUUAUCAUUUUAGUUGAUAAAGUUGAUCUCGUAGUUCUUAACUCACACAAUAAGAGUGACCGCCUCGAGAGGUCGUCUCCUGUUACGGCUUGGUGCUGAUGAAAUCAACAGUGACGCUCGAGGAAGUUGUGAAUAAAUUGGACCACAUAGUUUUACCUCUAUCAACCAGAAUGCCGAACAUCAAGGUCUUCAGUGGAAGCUCGCACCCCGACCUGGCGCAGAAAAUCGUCGAUCGCCUCGGCAUCGAUUUGGGAAAAGUGGUCACAAAAAAAUUUAGCAACAUGGAAACUUGCGUAGAAAUAGGGGAAUCAGUACGUGGGGAGGAUGUUUAUAUUGUUCAGAGUGGUAGCGGCGAGAUCAAUGAUAACCUGAUGGAACUACUUAUUAUGAUUAACGCAUGCAAGAUCGCGUCGGCAUCGCGAGUCACCGCUGUUAUUCCUUGUUUUCCUUACGCAAGGCAAGACAAAAAAGACAAAAGCAGAGCACCAAUCACAGCUAAAUUGGUUGCUAACAUCUUAUCGGUCUCUGGUGCUGAUCACAUAAUUACGAUGGACCUCCAUGCGUCUCAGAUUCAAGGAUUUUUUGACAUACCUGUAGAUAACCUCUUUGCUGAGCCAGCGGUAUUGAAGUGGAUCAAAGAAAACAUUCCCGACUGGAAGACGAGUAUUGUUGUUUCUCCUGAUGCUGGUGGUGCUAAAAGAGUAACUUCUAUAGCAGACAGAUUGAAUGUGGAAUUUGCUUUGAUUCACAAAGAGAGGAAAAAGGCAAAUGAAGUUGCAUCUAUGGUGUUAGUAGGUGAUGUGAAGGACAGGACAGCUAUCCUGGUUGACGAUAUGGCUGACACAUGUGGUACUAUUUGUCAUGCUGCAGAGAAACUGAUUGAAGCAGGUGCUACAAAAGUGUAUGCAAUUCUUACUCAUGGUAUUUUCUCUGGACCAGCUAUUUCUAGAAUUAACAAUGCUUGUUUAGAAGCGGUUGUCGUCACAAACACUAUACCACAAGAGAGGCACAUGCAGGAUUGUCCAAAAAUUCAAUGUAUUGAUGUUUCUAUGAUGUUGGCAGAGGCUGUGCGACGUACACACAAUGGAGAGUCUGUGUCAUAUUUAUUCUCCAAUGUUCCAUAUUAGUAGAAUUAAUGUUUUUUUUUAUUUUACACUAGCUUAAGGUCUCCAACAUCGAUUUAAUACUGCUUGCUGAGUAGACAAUUGUAUUAUGGUUUGGAGUUUAUAGUAGCUAUUCAAUGUAAUCUAACAGAUUAGAUAAGAUAACAAAAAUUGGUGAUAUUGUAGUAUGAAAUUAAUAAUUUGAGAAAAUGAGAAUUUACAAGAGGAAAGUUGGAAACC